CGGGGGGGCAGCGCCGCUGAGGCGGGAAUGGGGGGAACCAGCUCCUCUGAGAGGCAGGAAUGGAGGGAGUCCCUUGCUGACAGGCAGCGAGGCAGAUGAAGUACAUCCUGGUCACGGGCGGGGUGAUCUCUGGCAUCGGCAAGGGCAUCAUUGCCAGCAGCAUCGGCACCAUUCUCAAAUCCUGCGGGCUGCAUGUCACCUCCAUCAAGAUCGACCCCUACAUCAACAUCGAUGCUGGCACCUUCUCCCCCUACGAGCAUGGAGAAGUGUUCGUGCUAGAUGAUGGAGGGGAAGUAGACCUGGAUCUUGGUAACUAUGAGCGCUUUCUUGAUAUCCGACUCACCAAAGACAACAAUCUGACUACUGGGAAAAUUUAUCAGUAUGUCAUCAACAAGGAGAGGAAAGGAGACUAUCUUGGCAAAACUGUCCAAGUUGUUCCCCACAUCACAGAUGCUAUACAAGAAUGGGUAAUGAGGCAGGCACAGAUUCCUGUAGAUGAAGAUGGCAUUGAACCCCAAGUGUGUGUGAUUGAGCUUGGUGGAACAGUAGGUGAUAUUGAGAGCAUGCCUUUCAUUGAAGCUUUCCGCCAGUUCCAAUUCAAAGCCAAAAGAGAGAAUUUUUGUAAUAUUCAUGUCAGUCUAGUACCCCAGCCAAGCUCUACAGGAGAGCAGAAGACUAAACCUACCCAGAACAGUGUUCGUGAACUCAGGGGUCUUGGUCUCUCACCAGAUCUGAUUGUUUGCAGGUGCUCCACUCCUUUGGAUACCUCAGUAAAAGAAAAGAUUUCCAUGUUCUGUCAUGUUGAACCAGAACAGGUCAUCUGUGUUCAUGAUGUCUCUUCUAUAUACCGAGUUCCUCUGUUGUUAGAGGAGCAGGGAGUUGUUGACUACUUCAGGCACAGGCUUGACCUUCCCAUUGAGAGGCAGCCCAGGAGGAUGCUCAUGAAGUGGAAGGAAAUGGCUGACAGGUAUGACCGUCUUCUUGAAACAUGUUCCAUUGCGCUUGUUGGUAAAUACACCAAGUUUUCAGAUUCCUACGCAUCUGUCAUUAAAGCUCUAGAACACUCUGCACUGGCUAUCAACCACAAACUUGAUAUCAAGUAUAUUGAUUCUGCUGACUUGGAGCCAGCUACUCUACAGGAAGAACCUGUCCGAUACCAUGAAGCAUGGCAGAAGCUAUGCGGUGCUGAUGGAGUUCUGGUUCCUGGUGGAUUUGGCGUUCGAGGAACAGAAGGCAAAAUUCAAGCUAUUUCCUGGGCAAGGAAACAGAAAAAACCCUUCUUAGGGGUUUGUUUGGGAAUGCAGUUAGCAGUUGUGGAAUUUGCACGCAGUGUUCUUGGUUGGCAAGAUGCUAACUCAACAGAAUUUGACCCCAAAACUACACAUCCAGUGGUCAUAGACAUGCCAGAGCAUAAUCCUGGACAAAUGGGCGGGACCAUGAGGCUUGGCAAGAGAAGAACACUCUUCCAAACCAAGAAUUCAAUCAUGAGGAAGCUAUAUGGGGAUCAUGAUUUCUUGGAAGAGAGACAUAGACACAGAUUUGAGGUCAAUCCAGAAUUGAAGAACUAUUUUGAAGAGCAAGGUUUGAAAUUUGUAGGCCAGGAUGAGGAGGGAGAGCGAAUGGAAGUGGUUGAGUUGGAUGAGCAUCCAUUCUUUGUUGGUGUACAGUAUCACCCUGAAUUCCUUUCUAGACCAAUUAAGCCAUCUCCACCAUACUUUGGCCUCCUCUUGGCAUCUGCUGGAAGGCUAAUGCAUUAUCUACAAAAGGGCUGCAGGCUCUCACCCAGGGACACCUACAGCGAUAGAAGUGGCAGCAGCUCACCCGACUCAGAGAUUACAGAACUGAAGUUUCCAUCAGUAAAUCAUGACUGAUUCCUGGUGGAUCUUCACUGGAAGAGAAGAGCCUUCAUUAGAUUUUUCAGACAUUCUUACAGCAAUAGCUUGAACACUGUCAGCUUUGGGCUUUCUUAAGUUAUGGUUUUAUAAUUUUGUUAUGAAAUCCUGUUCCUUUAUUUCCUCAGUUCUUCUCUUGUUUAUAUCCUAUAUGGAUUCUGAUUAUUUCUGGAGGAGAGCUUAUCACAGCGCAUACAUCUCUAGACUUUUUUCAGUUAGCACUAUCUUGGAGAUAAAAAGCAAAUUUGGAUAUGAGAUUUAAUGUGUUAAUGUAUUGGAAAGAAUCCAGUUGCACACUUCCUUCCUGGUGCAUGGUAAUACUAGCAUAAGUUUAUGUCUCAGACACACUGGCAUUUGAGUUGCUUUCUUCAACUUCUCUACUCCUGAGCAAUCUUUAUUACUUAGUUGUGAAAUUAUUUGGAUGAUACUAGAUUUGGUGGCUGUCUUCAUUCAGUUCUUGAGCUGUGCUGUGCUGCAGAGAAUAGGCCUGUUAAGCUUUAUGCAGUCUUUAUUUGAGGAGGAGGGAGUUGGAUUUGUUGUUUUUUUUUCAAUAAUAUUUAAAAAUAUUUGGCACUGGUGAUCUUGGUGCAUUCAUUGCUGUCAAUGAACCUUUAACCAGGAAAAUCUUAUUCCUGGAAUAGAAGAGUUAAUCUUGAACCUGAACAACUCUUUAACUGUGAUAUGUCACUCUGCAGGGAUGCAAUUAGCUUAGAUCAUGUGAAAAAAAGCAAAACUGUCAGGAAACCCCAUCAUUGCCUGAAAUGAGGCGUAACUAACUGUUAGCCCUUUAUAUGCCAGUGUUUGCUGGUGCUGCUUCCUAGGCUGGGAAAUUUCAACUCCUUGCAUCAAGGGGGAGGUACAGAAAAGAAAGUGAACUACUUUCAGAUGCUGCCUUUAAAAGCUCCCAUUGUAAUUUACCUUGGACUGAACAGUUCAUGGUGCUUUUUCUUUAAUUUGAAGUGGAGCCUUCCUUUGCCUUUUUUAACGCUGCGGAAACAUGAGUGUUCCCGCGCUCAGAAUGCAAUACAAAAGUGCUGUUUCCUGAUAAAGAGGCCUAGCAAUUUGCCUACAGUGUUACUUGGUUUAGUUUGUAGAUGUGUGCUGCCUUACCAUGAUUUGCUCAGCUUUGCAGUCCUGAGGUGGAACAUGACACUUUUUCUUUUCUUUUUUUUUUUUUCUGUCCUUUACUGCAGCGUAAGUGACACGAUUUUUGGUCUUUGGUAAUUUAAAAGAAAAAAAGAAAGUUUCUCUAUUGUCUGAAGUGUCAUGUUCAGAACUCUUCAGUUCAUUAAGGUUUAGAGAAAGCUGUAUGUCUCAAGCCUGGCUGAGUACUAACUCUCACAUUGUCUGAUGCCAAACUUCAUUAAACACUGUUCUGUCUUGUC